UCCUUUCAAAAAAAGAAAUCUCUCUCGUCUCUCUAGCAAACCAUGGCUGUUCUUAGUAACUUGUCCAUGGCUACUAUAUCAUCAUGCCUUACUCUCUACUCGUUGAGCAUAAUUUUUCUGUUAACAUGUCUAGUCUCUGGUAGCUUUGGUGAGCUUCAGAGAUUUGAGCAUCCAAUAAAGGAAGGUGGUUCCCUUAAUUUUUUGGUGGUUGGCGACUGGGGAAGAAAAGGUUUAUAUAACCAGUCUCAUGUUGCACAUCAGAUGGGGAAGAUUGGAGAAAAGCUAGACAUAGAAUUUGUGAUUUCUACUGGUGAUAACUUUUACGACAACGGACUGAAGAGUGCAAAUGAUCCUGUAUUUGAAGAAUCUUUUAUGAACAUCUAUACAGCUCCAAGCUUGCAAAAGAAGUGGUAUAAUGUGUUGGGAAAUCAUGAUUAUAGAGGUAACGUGGAAGCACAACUAUCACCAAUACUUCAACAACUUGACAGCAGAUGGGUUUGCUUGAGAUCAUAUGUACUUGACGCAGAUAUUGUGGACUUUUUCUUUGUCGACACAACACCAUUUGUCGACAAGUACUUCACUGAGCCUGGAGAACAUACAUAUGACUGGAGUGGCACAUCACCACGAAAGAGUUAUAUCGCAAAACAUCUCGAGGAAGUACAAACUGCCCUCAAAGAAUCAAAUGCAAAGUGGAAAAUCGUAGUUGCUCAUCAUCCAAUUAGAACUGCUGGACACCAUCGAGACACCGAAGAACUUGCAGAACAACUUCUUCCAAUCCUCGAGGAAAACAAUGUGGAUCUUUACAUUAAUGGACAUGAUCAUUGCAUACAACACAUCACUAGUACUAAAAGGAAUGGGAGAAUGGAAUUCAUAACAAGUGGAGGAGGUUCAAAAGCGUGGAAUGGUGAUGUUCAGAAAGAAAAAGAGGGUUUGGAAUUCUAUCAUGAUGGGCAAGGUUUUGUAUCCAUAGAACUCACACCAAUUAUGGCUAAGAUUGUAUACUAUGAUGUUACUGGACACGUAAUGUACCAAUUCAGUAUGUACAAGGAACAACAACUCCACUCAUUCACUUAAGUUGAAAACAGAUGCGAGUGUACCUAGCACAUUGUUAAAGGAACCUUCCUAUUGUACUAUAUUUUGUAAUAUUGUGCUGGGCGCUUACUUAAGCUUCGAUUAUAGGUCAUGGAAAAUUAAAUUAAAUAAACUAUUAAACUACCUAGCACUAUUACCAUAUCCUGACUUGAGGAACAUAAAUAUAUAAUUACUAUGUAAUUAUAUAUAAAUAUUAAGCUUCGAUUAUCAUAGAUUCGUUGUUUGGUCUGGUAUGAGAGUGAUGUGCAGCUAUUCCUAUGUAAUUUAUUUAUCAUGUCCGGUAAUUUUCUGGUUAAA